UUGUAAGCGUAGUUUAGGAAUGAUACAGCAUGUUUAUAGUUAUAUCCAUGGCCAUGCUUGAACUAGUACAUGUUGGUCGUAUUGAUCUUAGUCGUAAUGCUUAAAUCUAUGUUUCGUGACAAUAAACAUGACAGUAAAAGCAAUUACGUAAAAUGAAACUAAAAAAACUGUUUUUUUUAAACCAACCCUAGAUAUUUAAUAUACUGUGACUGAUGUUAAGACUAACCAUGCUUUUGAAAUGUGACCAGGUUAAUUACAUCACCAGGUUGGCUGACAGACUUGUACAGACAAGUCCCAGUCAGGUUCAGGGGCUGCCUGAUGAAAAACACCUUGCUAUAUAGUCAGCACACACAGGCAACAACCUACAUGUAGAUAAUGUUGUGGCUGGCAUUUAAAUUGGAUGAGCUCCAACAGGCGUUGUGAUUACAAACAGUGACAUAAGGAACUAAACCUGGACUAGCAAGUUCAGACAGUUGUCAACAAUAUAGUAUAUAGUGGACACUGGCUGUUGUAUUUUAAAUAUAUGACAGGACUUGUACAUGUAGUUAUAUGACAUGGGGAGAGUAUAUUAGAUUAAAUGUGUGAAAUUCACUGACAGAUGGUACGCCCUCGUCUACAAAGGACUAUAUACUAUCUCACUGACCAGUCAUUGUGUUUGACUACUAAAAUCUGCUAAACAUGCUUCACAGAGGGUACUAUUUCCGGCCUAUUAUGUCCGCAGGUUCUGGAGAUAAACCUUCUAGUGAUCUUUAUUCUACGCAGGUUGAGAGCACUACCACCACCACCAGCGCCACAGGAAGUGGGCAAAGUCCCACCGGAACCACUACUACAACUUCCACCGCCACUUCACAGUAUGUGGUGGCCGAGGAGUACACUGUGGGGGUUCCACUGUUUCGACCGAAGCAAGAACUCCUAACAUUUUUGCGAUCUGUUGGAGCGACUGGAGACAUUUUUACAAGGAAGGAGAUCUGCCAGUUCCUGAAGCAGUAUAUCGGGAGCCACAGCCUGUACGACCCCCAUGACCCACGGCUGGUGUACUGCCAGGGCACAGUACUGGGACAAGUAUUUGGGGUCGACAAGUUCACCAUCUCUGAUGUCUUGGAUCUCAUAGGGAAGAACUGUUACCAAGUCCCUGACACGUGCAUCAAGCGCAAAUGUCACUAUGUGACGAGGCCUUUGAAUGGUAGCCAUGGCAACCCAACUGGGCCACACCAGCCAGCUGUGCCACAUCCCAUCUUCCCUAGCCACCAGGUGGCUCAUAGUUCUGGGAGUGGUUCCCUGACGAUAGAGGUCUGUCGGGCAUCGCCCAUUGUCACCAGCAGUACAGGGCCGCAUACAACUGCAAAGGGUCGAAAGUCACCCAAGGGUGUAGGUGUAGUGGACGGGGCGACCUCACACUCACAGGAUGCCUCAGCUGCCGUGGCAGGGAAGCUGCCUUCUAAAACGAGCACCAAAAGGAAACGUAAAGAUACUGGAGGAUCAAGUGGAUCCUCUGAAACCAAACGCCGUCCAGCUUCCGUCAGCAUCACCUACAAUGACCCGGACACAGAGGGCUCCAGGUAUCCCUGGUACUUCCAAGUUAAGAUGGAAACAACAGACGAGGAGAGUGAGGUUCUCAGUAUACAGGGCCAGGAGACGACACGGGUGCAGGACUCCACUGAUGACAUGUGGUUCGUGGAGGAUGAGGAUGAGUCGGUGACCGUGAACUCUCUUGCGGUAGAUGUUGAUUCGGAUACUUUUUCUGUUGAGUACGAGCUGGAUUCAGAUAUUCCAGGCGACAGCGAUUCCUCCGAUAUAUCAUCUCCUUUUUCUGAAGCGGAUGUGCUGGUAGUGUGCAAUGAUAGCGAUGUCCAGUUUUGGGCUGACCAUUCCAGUGGACCGGAGACAGACACCGAGCUGUCAGAUGAGGACAAAUGGUCCUGUCAAGAAUGUAAGACCAAGAACUCACCAACACAAAGGUAUUGCUCCCGAUGUUGGAAGCUGCGUCCUGAUUGGCUGCCAGACCGAGACAGCGAGACACGACAGUCGAAGUACAGUAAGAGGCGGGUUAAGGCAGUCCAUGGAGAGGUGUCCUCAUCUGAUGGAGAGAUGCUAGAUUCUGGCAUAUAUACAAGCUGUAACUCGGCCAUGCCCACAUGCAGUCAAACAACUAUUAUAAAAAUAGACGAUCUUGAAGAUUCAAAACCUGAUAAACAGGAUACAACAUCAUGUCCUGAGAAGGAAAUCUCCUUGAAAGACAGCCCAGAGGCUAAGUUUAUUGGAAUGAGGAGGACUUUCUUAAACUAUAGGUCCUUGAGCAACAGUUCCAAAGAAAAAGACGAAGUAUUGAACGAAAAAUUAGUUGAAGACAAAAUAGUUCCACAGAACAUUGAAUCUCAAGUCACAGAAAAAUUGUCAACAAAGGAAACACUGGUGUGUGGUACUCAAGAGAAGCUUCCACAAUAUUCAGGUGGUGCAAGGUCAAGUGUGAUUCAACAGCCAUUGCCUAGCGACAUGUGUAUGACAUGUCUGUGUCGUCCAAAAACAGCGAGCAUCAUCCAUGGCAGCACAGGACAUCAAGUCUGUUGUUUUAAGUGUGCUCGGCGGCUUAAAAGGCAGAGGAAACCCUGCCCAGUAUGUCGCAGACCCAUACAGAAAGUCAUCAAAAACUUCAUUUUGUAAAAAUGAAGAAACAAUAUAUCCCAGCCUUGGUUGUCACUUGUGGUUUCAUUGCCGUAGAAAAAUCCUAAUUUUCAUAUCCUCAUGUCAUCAAAGGUCUGAAAAGCUCGAUAUUAAUUCAUACUUUAUUUAAAAACUAGAAGAAAAAUGUCCCUAAUGACUUUUAUUUCAUUCUUUGAUGUUUUUAAUUAUUUGUUUUAUUUAUUGUGCAAUUACACCAUCACCAUGAACAUUUUACAGGUAGAAAUCAUUUAUUCAUAUUGGAUGUAUAAGUAAUGUUGCCUGGUUAACUGAAUGACUUAGCUUGUCAGUGCAUAAUGUAUAUAAUGUAACAGAUAAUAUUUUUUUAUUACACGACACUUGAACAUCUAAUUAACCUGGAAUAAUAAAAUGAAAAACUUCCAGGCAACACUAUACAAUAAUUGGUUCAAUGAAGCAGUGUGUACAAGGAAAUACAAGUUUGUUGGAAUGGCAGUAAUUCUCCAUUAUUAGAUACGUUAAUUGUCAUUCAGAAGACUAAAAUUAACUGGCGGGUAGACCAUUUUGCCAAAAACACCUGUGAUGUUAUAUUUUUUUUUACAGGUGAGGCUUGUGCCUGAGAUUUUACUGUAUAGAAUAUGGCUCUGAUCACCUCUGGUACUUAUUCAAUAGUUAA